AUGGCAACGACUGUCGCUCCCCGCAAGUGCUUUGGGGUAAGCUGCGAGAACAAUGCGGGCUCUUUGCAGUGCCCGACAUGUUUGAAGAUGGGUGUCGACAGUUUCUUCUGCUCUCAGGACUGUUUCAAGCGGAGCUGGAGCGAACACAAGGCCAUCCACAAAGCGAAGAGUAAUUUCCUCACCAGUCUAUUCCCUCCAAAGGUAGUUUCUGAACCAGAUCCAGCUACGGGGCAUUACAACCCUUUCCCCAACUUCCAGUUCGCCGGCUCUCUAAGACCCGUUUAUCCCUUGUCUCCUCGACGGACCGUUCCCGCUUCGAUUCCUCACCCCGACUAUGCCAUUGAUGGCUAUCCUCGGUCAGAAAGGAAAUUUAUGGGGCGGCAAAUUACCAUCCUAAAUAAGAAGGAACAGGAGGGCAUGAGGAAGGUGUGCCGUCUUGCUCGAGAGGUUUUGGAUAUUGCCGCGCGGGAGUUGAAACCAGGCAUUACGACCGACUACAUAGACGAAGUGGUUCAUAAGGCUUGUUUGGAGCGUAAUUCGUAUCCAUCACCUUUGAACUAUGUGCACUUCCCCAAAUCGGUUUGCACAUCCAUCAAUGAGGCUAUCUGCCAUGGUAUUCCCGACCAACGUCCGCUGGAGGAUGGCGAUAUCAUCAACAUUGAUGUGACCCUAUACCAUGGCGGAUUCCAUGGUGAUCUCAACGAGACCUACUAUGUUGGGGAGAAGGCUCGAUCGAAUGCGGAUGCAGUGCGUGUCGUGGAAACGGCUCGUGAGUGUAUAGAUAAAUCGAUAGAGCUGGUGAAGCCGGGAAUGCCGUUUAGGGAUCCCGGUAACAUUAUCGAGAAACUCGCAAAGAGCCGGAACUGCAGUGUCGUGAAGAGUUACUGUGGUCAUGGUAUCAACCAGCUAUUCCACUGCGCUCCUAAUAUCCCUCACUAUGGGAAGAACAAGGCAUCUGGAAUUGCGAAACCUGGGAUGUGCUUUACAAUUGAGCCUAUGAUCAAUCUGGGUACUUACCGGGAUCGGACAUGGCCUGAUGACUGGACUAGCACCACUGCAGAUGGCUCCUUAUCAGCGCAGUUUGAACAUACUCUCCUGGUCACAGAAGAUGGUGUCGAGGUUCUCACAGCGAGAUUACCCGACUCCCCCGGCGGUCCUAUUCCCAUGCCCUCUACGAAUGGGGAAAAGGAAAGUGAGAACUGA